AUGGAGCCGGUCACCGUCGCUACCGACAGCGGGGACCGGCCCCUGUCGGCUUCCCAGCGUCGGGCGGAGCUGCGGCGGAGAAAGCUGCUCAUGAACUCGGAACAGCGCAUCAACCGAAUCAUGGGCUUUCACAGGCCCGGGAGCGGCGCGGAAGAAGAAAGUCAAACAAAAUCAAAACAGCAGGACAGUGAUAAACUGAACUCCCUCACCAUUGCUUCGGUUUCAAAGCGAGUAGUGCUGGGUGAUUCAGUCAGUGCAGGAACGACUGACCAGAGUGGAGUGGCCGAGGUAAAGGGGACUCAGCUGGGAGACCCGCUGGACUCUUUCGUUAACCCUUCUGAGAGCAGUAACGACAGAAGCCUGGAGCUCCGGCAGCGGAGCAGAGGGGACCUGACAGCCGACUCUGUCCAGAGGGGUUCUCGCCACGGCCUGGAACAGUACCUCUCCAGAUUUGAAGAAGCAAUGAAGCUAAGGAAACAGCUGAUUAGUGAAAAGCCCAGUCAAGAAGAUGGAAAUACAACAGAGGAAUUUGACUCUUUUCGAAUAUUUAGAUUGGUGGGCUGUGCUCUUCUUGCCUUUGGAGUUAGAGCCUUUGUUUGCAAAUAUUUGUCCAUAUUCGCUCCCUUUCUUACGUUACAACUCGCAUACAUGGGACUGUACAAAUAUUUUCCCAAGAGUGAAAAGAAGAUAAAGACAACAGUACUAACAGCUGCACUUCUGUUAUCUGGAAUUCCUGCUGAAGUGAUAAAUCGAUCAAUGGAUACUUACAGCAAAAUGGGCGAAGUUUUCACAGAUCUCUGUGUUUACUUUUUUACUUUUAUCUUUUGUCAUGAACUACUUGAUUAUUGGGGCUCUGAGGUACCAUGA